AUACAUCCGCCUUGUGCCGCACGUUAUAAACAAAACAACGCUUCUGUCACUGCAACAAUUUGCGCUGUUUGAAAAGAGAAACAACGUUUUUGUGGACUUUUUUCAUCUCAGAAGUGUUCAUCUCAGGACAAUCAGAAGUUUAAUCCACAGGUUCUACAGCUCCUUGAAAUGGAUGACAUCCAGGUUGUUGAGUCCAAACCCCUGCUGGUUGACAGGGAACUCCCGGGCCUGAGAGAGGCUGUGCAGCAGCUUGUUAUCAAGGAGCAUGAUGUGGAGACUCCUCAUGGAAGAAUUCACUGUACAAUGAAGGGGGUUCCCAAGGGUGACAGACCAGUCAUCCUCACCUUCCAUGACAUUGGACUAAACCACAAAACUUGCUGGGACACGCUCUUCAACCAUGAGGACAUGUCAGAGAUCAUGCAGCACUUUGCCGUAUGUCAUGUUGACGCCCUCGGGCAGCAUGAGGGAGCUAACACCUUUUCCACUGGAUAUGAGUACCCUUCUAUGGACCAACUCUCUGAGACCCUUCCACUGGUGUUAAAGCACUUUGGGCUGAAGAGUGUUGUCGGAAUGGGCAUUGGAGCCGGGGCCUACAUUCUGACCAGAUUUGCUCUGGACUACCCGAACAUGGUGGAGGGGCUGUUGCUCAUCAACAUCAACCCAUGUGCUGAGGGAUGGAUGGACUGGGCUGCACACAAGAUCAGCGGCUGGACCAAUGCCAUGCCUGACAUGAUCAUCACCCACCUCUUUGGAAAGGAGGAGAUCCACAACAAUCAGGACCUAAUUGGAACAUACCGCCACCACAUCAUGAAUGACAUGAAUCAGUUUAACCUGCAUCUCUUUGUCAAGUCCUACGAAAGUCGGAGGGAUCUGGAAAUUGAGAGGCCGAUCCCCGGAAGCAACGUCAGGACCCUCAAGUGCCAUUCUCUGCUGGUGGUUGGCGACAGCUCUCCUGCUGUGGAGGCUGUGGUUGAGUGCAACACCAAGCUGGACCCAACAAAGACGACCCUGCUUAAGAUGGCUGACUGCGGAGGCAUGCCCCAGGUUGACCAGCCUGCCAAACUGACCGAAGCUUUCAAGUACUUCAUUCAGGGCAUGGGAUACAUGCCCUCUGCCGGCAUGACCCGCCUGGUCCGCUCCCGGACCGCCUCCGGCUCCAGCGUCACCUCCUUUGAGGGCAACCGCUCCCGCUCCCACACCAGCGAGGGCAACCGCUCCCGCUCGCACACAAACGAGGGAAACCGCUCUCGCUCGCACACAAACGAGGGCAGCCGCAGCCACGCUGCCGAGAACCAGCGUGGACGCUCCCACACGGAGGGCACGGGCAACAGCAACGUAGACCAAGCCGUGCCCAAGUCCACCGAAGUGUCCUGCUAAGUGAACCUUCACUCCCCAGGCACGCAAACCUCUCAAGGUCCCUUCGGGUUGUGCUGCGCUGCCUCUAACUGACACACACAUUACUACGCACAUACACACUAAUGUGGAGAGGGACAUUAAGAUAGCAUUCCUGGAAUUGUAAAAAUGCGCAAUGGACACUCACAUGCAGACUAUUUGAUGCAGCUGAGAUGCCCCAAUUUGAAAAUAUGAUGUCUUUUGAGUGGGAGGUCAGGGUCAACUGUAUGUCUGUUUAAUCAUUCUGAAGGACUCAAACAUAUCUGUACAGAAAAUGCUCCUGAGCUCCUUGGUCAGGUGAAUGUUUAGUUAGGGGCAACGCAGCAUUUGGGAACACCGAAGCUGCGAAUGUCUGAGAAAGCUGUGGCGUCAAGGACACCAGCUUGUUCAUUUAUCUCUCAUAAAAAAAGUUUUUAUUUCCAUUUCUGCAUUCCCUUAUCCCAGUUUUAUCCAUUUUUACCAUAUUGACACAGCUUUCUUAAAUAUACCUGACAGUAAAUGACUGUUUUGUCUGUUCUAACUGUAA